AUGGAUGGUUAUGAACUAUUUGAGAAUUCUUCAAGUUUAGAGGAGUUUCAUGGACUCGAAAUUAUUUCCCAAAGUGCUCCUGUACGUGAGAAAGCUUUUAGUAUAUCAGAAGAUGAAGCACUUUGUAGAUCAUGGUUGGCCGUAUCCCAAGAUCCAGUUUCCGGUAGCACCCAAAGUAAGGCAGCAUUCUGGGAUCAUGUUCUUGGGUAUUUCUUGUUCCAACUGAUUAUUCUACCACAUCGAACUACCAUUUCUUUAUCUCACCAUUGGUCUUUGAUUCAAAAG